GAGAAGGUACCAUUCUCAGUCUGGCCGUAGUGAGAGAGAGUUGAAAAACUGAUAUUGAUUGAAGUUUAUAAAUGAGGUGCUUGGAAGUUUGUCCUUCUUUUCUUUCAACCUUUGAUAUAUAAGAACUCAGUUCCGUAGCAAAAGGAGUAGAAGGAAAUUAUUAUAAUGUAUGAUUAGUUGGCUUUUCAUAUCAGAAAAGCACAUGCAUUUUGCACUGUAGGCUGAAGAGUUGAACUUCUUAGCUAUGAACCUCUUAAUUGCCAACUUGUUUGGUGGACCUUCCUCUAGGAAAUUUCAUGCCCAGAAGCUAGUUAGUAACUGUAAUUGGGUGAAAUUACUUUUUCAUUAGAACAUGUGCUAAUAGUUUGGGAUAGCUCUUGGUUCAAUCACUUUUUCUGCAAAGUAAAAAAACCCCUCUUAAUUGCAUACACACUUAUGCAUAUCUUUUCAUUUUAUAGUCUCAUUUUCAGUCCAUUAUUGUGAUUGCUUUUACUUUCUUUUCUUCCUUGGGAAGUUUUACUAACAAAUAUAUGCUUCGUUUUAGACCCUUCGUUCUCUGUUGCACUGGCACUGAACGUUUUAGUCAGCACUCUGUUGCUGUUUCUGUUUUCUUGCAUGUUAUUGCUAGUACCAUCUUGUGAUCCACCCCAUAUUAUACUUAGAUUGGCCAUGAGUUUUUCCUGUUCCGUUCCUUGAAACUACAUAUUUUCUUGAGUGGCAUUUUCUGCCUUGAUACUGAGAAUGGCUAUGAGAUUUUUAUCAUGGAAGUGCAACUUUGUUCUUUGUUUUCUGUUCAUCAUUUUGUGUUGUAAGGGCAAAGACUCUUCAUUGACAACAAUGAAGAAAAAAGAGAAGGAGGUCAUAUACUCUGUUAUUCAACUGUUUGUGGGAAAGUGGUGGAACGGUUCAUAUCUUUAUCCAGAUCCUUGUGGAUGGACUCCUAUACAGGGAGUUUCCUGUGAGCAAUAUGAUGAUGGCUUCUGGUAUGUGACUACUGUAAACUUUGGACCAGUUUUUGACAACUCUCACAUGUGCAGCCGUGAUGCCAAAUUCCCUCAACAACUGUUCAAUCUGAAGCACCUAAAAGUCCUCUCUCUGUCAAGUUGCUUCCUUUCCCCUACCAAAAAUCCUGUUAAGCUCCCUCUUUCAAACUGGGACAAGUUCUCACACAGUUUGGAAUCUUUAACACUUAGAUCAAACCCUGGUCUUGUUGGAACCAUUCCAUCAGCAAUUGGCAGCCUCAGGAAGCUUCAAUCUCUGGUACUGCUGGAAAAUGGACUAAUAGGUAAACUACCACCAAGUAUUAGUAAUUUGGUCAGGUUGAGGCAACUAGUCCUUGCAGGAAACUAUUUGGUGGGUGAGGUUCCAGACAACUAUGGAGGGCUUUCUGAGCUUUUAAUAUUUGAUGCAAGCAGGAACAAUCUAUCAGGAGUUUUGCCAUCAACACUUGGAUCUUUGGAUUCACUUCUAAAGCUUGAUUUGAGUAACAACAUGCUUGAGGGAAAGUUGCCAAAGCAGCUGGGAAGGCUAAAGAAUCUUACUUUACUUGAUAUCAGCCAUAACAAACUCAGAGGUGGAUUGGCUGAGACUCUCAAAGAACUUGCUUUCAUAAAGCAUUUAGUUUUGUCCAACAACCCUUUAGGGGGUGAUCUCUCAGGAGUCAAGUGGGAAAAUUUCCUAAACACAGAAACAUUGGAUCUUUCUAACAUAGGUUUGGAAGGGAGUGUCCCAGAGUCCAUGGAAAAAAUGAAAAGGCUUAGAUUUCUGGACCUCAGCAACAAUAAUCUCUCUGGAAAUGUUUCAAGAAGUUUGGAAAAUCUGACAUGUCUUGGAGCUCUUCAUGUAAAUGGAAACAACUUGACUGGGAGACUUGACUUCUCAGAGAGGUUUUACAUGAAAAUGGGAAUGCGCUUUGCUGCUUGGAAUAAUGCAAAUCUCUGUUACAUUGUCAAAUCAAAGCACCAAGUGCCUUAUGGAUUUGAAGUUGGUGGCCAUGGAGGUUGGGUUGUCCCGAAGACAAAGGAUGAUGCUCAAAUGUUCAAUCAAUGGGCAUCCCAAAACAGAUUCAAGAUUGACGACAAUCUUCUUUUCAAGUACGAGAAAGACUCAGUUAUGGAGGUGACUGAAGAAGAAUAUGAAAAAUGUGUAUCACCUCAUCCCCUCUUUUUCUCCAACAAUGGUGAGACUGUGUUCAAGUUUGACAGAGCAGGCUUGUUCUACUUCAUCAGUGGUGUUCGUGGUCACUGUGACAGAGGGCAGAAGAUGAUCAUCAAGGUCUUGGAUAUUGAAGCAAGUCCCUCACCCCAAUAUGCAAAUGGCACUGCACCAAAGCCACAUUCAAAAAGUGGAGUUGCUGAACUUACUCCCAUGAGGAUCAUGACAGAGUCCACAGUUUUUGUUAUGUCAACCUUCUUCCUUCAGCUUUAUGUUUGAUUGUUAUGUGUUAUCACAGUCCUAGGUUUAUGAGUAGCAGUUUCUUUCUUGUUUUCGUCAUGUGUUAGUGUUGGAAGGAUUGGACUUUGUUAUUUGUUAAUGUUUGUAAAGGUUAU